UCGCGAAUCGUACGACAAACAAAACAUUCAAUUCUUACAUACAUUAUUCAUUCUUAUCAUUUUAUCACGGAUGGUGAUACAGCGAGCACAACAGAUACCUUUUUGUUACAUUUCGUAAAAAUAUUCUAAUUUUAGACCACAAAAUUUUAUAACUUCGCAUCUAAAAAUUGAGAAAGGCAAAAUGGUUAUUCUGUAUAAAAGUUGUUUACUUCUUGUAAAUACAAAUAUUAUUUCAAAGCUAAAUAAAAGUCAUGGAUUUGGAAAGAUAAUAUCAUGUGCAACCUAUAGUACUGGAAGGAAAAAUACAAAGAAAAUAUAUGAAAGUGCCAAGGAUGCCGUAAGUGAUAUAAAAGAUGGGUCAAGACUGCUAGUGGGUGGGUUUGGACUUUGUGGAAUACCAGAGAACUUAAUCCAGGCCUUGAACAAUUCAAAAGUGGCUGGUCUUACUGUAGUUUCAAAUAAUGCUGGUGUUGAAAACUUUGGUUUGGGUAUUUUACUACAGAGUAAACAAAUUAAACGGAUGAUAUCUUCAUAUGUUGGAGAAAAUGCUGAAUUUGAAAGACAGUUUCUCAGUGGAGAAUUAGAGGUAGAGUUAACGCCGCAAGGUACUCUAGCAGAGCGCAUUCGAGCCGGAGGGGCUGGUAUACCUGCAUUCUUCACACCUACAGGAUUUGGCACGCUAAUACAUGAAGGAGGAUCACCCAUCAAAUAUACAAAAGAUGGAAAAAUUGAUAUACCAAGUUCCCCACGUAGAAAUGAGCAGUUCAACGGCAAGGAUUAUAUCAUGGAGGAGGCUAUUACCGGAGACUACGCGCUUGUCAAGGCAUGGAAAGCGGACAAACACGGCAAUUUGAUAUUCAGGAAGAGUGCACGAAAUUUUAAUCCAGCUAUGUGUAGAGCCGCCCGAAUAACUAUAGCUGAAGUAGAAGAAAUUGUUGAUGAAAUUGAACCUGACUUUGUACAUGUGCCAUCCAUAUAUGUACACAGAAUAGUUAAAGGCGAUAAAUAUGAAAAACGCAUAGAAAGGAGAACUGUCACAAAACCCGUAUCACAAAAGGAAAAGAAAGCAUCUGAUAUAAUGAGAGAAAGGAUUAUUAAGAGAGCUGCAUUAGAAUUUAAAGAUGGAAUGUAUGCAAAUCUUGGCAUAGGCAUGCCAAUGUUGGCCAGUAACUAUAUUCCGAAGAAUGUGAAAGUAUUGCUGCAAUCAGAGAACGGUAUUCUCGGAUUGGGGCCAUUCCCAACAGAAGAUGCAGUUGAUGCAGAUCUCAUCAAUGCAGGAAAAGAAACUGUGACAGUGCUUCCUGGUGCAUCUUAUUUCUCCUCUGAUGACAGCUUCGCCAUGAUUCGUGGUGGUCACAUAGACUUGACCAUUUUAGGAGCUAUGCAGGUUUCUCGGUAUGGUGAUUUGGCGAACUGGAUGAUACCUGGAAAAAUGGUGAAAGGUAUGGGAGGUGCCAUGGAUUUAGUAUCGGCUCCGAGGACUAAAGUCGUGGUCACAAUGGAGCAUGCGGCGAAAAAUGGCGCGCACAAAAUAUUGCCCGAGUGCACGUUGCCGCUCACGGGGAAGAAUUGUGUCGACAUGAUAAUAACUGAAAAGUGUGUAUUCGAAGUAGACAAGGAAAAAGGUUUGACAUUGACUGAAUUAGCUGAAGGCGUGUCAGUGGAAGAUGUUAUAGCGAGCACAGGUUGCGAGUUCAAUGUAGCACCCACUAUCAAUAAAAUGGGGGACGUCACUCAACUCGAUGUUGAAUAGGUUUAACUGUUACAACAUUUGUAUCUUACUCAAACGCUAAUGUUAUUUUUUAUCAAAAGUGGUUGCGCAACUUUUCUGACGUAUGUUUCAAGGUCUUGGGUGAAGCCAAACCCAUUCAGAUCAAUACUAUAAAUUGUUAUUUAUUUUUUAUACUUACAUAUUUUAUAUUUAUAUAAUUUUCGAAGCAGUUUUUUUGUCAUGUAGGACCAUGUGAAUAAACAUAUGUAGGACUUGAGAUCUGGUGAUAAUUUUGUGUGUAGCUAUAUAAUGUCUGUACCAAAAUGCUGAUAUUGUCAUUCUUAACUCUUAUAUAAAUACUAAAGGCCUUGAAGAAAGUGAAGAUAACUAUGUACUCUUGUUUAUCAAGUCCUAGAUAGUUGCCAGCAAAUAAUCUGUCUUAAAAUGUUUGUAUAUUUGAUUCGCUAGUCUCUUUCCUGCGGUCCUGUUUGUACCUAUACCUAAUCGAUUUCGACUGGGUGUUGUUACAUAAAAUAUAUAUGUAUAUGUAUAGUAUAAUAUAAUAAAACUAUAACAAAUAUAAUUAACUACAAGUAAUGAGAAAGUUAAAAUGUAAAGUGUUAAAUGUAUCAUGAAAUAAAAAUACUUGUCAUGAUGAUGUUAGAAGGUCGAACAAUUAUUAUUUUAUUUUUUUUUAACUUAUGUACAUGAAUUAUUAUUUCACAAUGUGCAUAGUUAUAAAACAAAAAAAUAAAAUAAAUGAAGCAUUGUACACCCGGGCGGUAUAGUUAAAGUACUUGCUUGGUUUUAUGUGAAUGUGUUCAAUUUAUACAGUCGAUAGGCACAAUUAUGAAUAACACUUACCUACUUAAUGUUAUUCUUAUAGAAUCGCUUAUAUAAUAGGAAAAUAAAAAACAGGGUCAAUAGCAUUUAAUAUCAAUGAAUCUAAAAAUAUGUUAUAUUUCUCUUUAAUUUUCUGAUCAAAUGAACAUGUAAUAAAAGAAAAAGGUAAUAAAAAGUAAUGAAUUCUUUGAUUCAGUGUAACCGAUUUUCAGUAUGAUAACGAUAAACAAUAUUUAAGUAGGUUAUUAUUUUUUACUAAUGAUUUGUUAUUUUCAUAUUAUUAUUACAUUUAAGUAAGUACUUAUAUGAAAAUGUGACUGAAAAUGUUUAAGUAAACUGCUACAUUUAAUAUUGCAAUGAUUUAAUAAUAAACUAACGCUUUAUUUAUA